AUGACGAUCAUUCGGCUUGCCGCGGGCCUUCUCCUUCUUUCACAAGCCUUCGGUCUUGUAGCCGCCUCCACGGAACUUGGCACCACGGAGAACCUCGGCUUCUUUCAGGGGUUGGUAGAAGAUGCCACUCAGAACCUUGCGUCGCCGCUUCUUAAAACAAGACAAAAUAACGGCGGCGCACCGGACCCCGCAACUCUUUAUCCGUCUUACACGCUGUCGGUACCCAUCGAUCACUUCCACAACGAAUCAAAAUAUGAACCGCACUCUAAUGGAUCAUUCAACUUACGAUACUGGUUUGAUGAUCGCUUCUAUAAGGAGGGCGGCCCUGUGAUUGUCCUCUCCGGUGGCGAAACGAGUGGCCAGGGGCGCCUGCCGUUCUUGCAGAAAGGCAUCGUUGCAAUCCUGGCUGAGGCGACGAACGGUCUCGGCGUCAUUCUCGAGCACCGCUACUACGGAGCUAGCUACGUGACGGAAGAUCUCAGCACCGAAAACUUACGCUUCCUGACCACCGACCAGGCUUUGGCCGAUACAGCCUACUUUGCCCAGAAUAUUGUAUUUCCAGGAUAUGAGGACGUAAAUCUCACUUCUCCAAACACCCCUUGGGUCGCAUAUGGCGGUUCUUACGCCGGUGCGUUCGUCGCCAUUCUCCGCAAGCUGUACCCCGACACUUUCUGGGGCGCCAUCUCAUCUUCGGGUGUAACAGCUGCAGUAGUCGACUUCUGGGAGUACUACGAAGCUGCUCGACUUUUCGCGCCGGAAGGCUGCGCACCAGCGACGCAAAAGGUGACCCACGUGGUCGAUAACAUUCUGCUGGGCGGCGACCGAGAGGACAUUUUACAGCUCAAGACGGUCUUCGGACUCACCAAUGUCACUCGCGAUGUUCAUUUUGCAAGCGCCAUCAGGGGUGGGAUCGCAGGACUGCAAUCGGUCAACUGGGAUCCGGCCAUAAAUAGUCCUGCUUUUGCGCUUUACUGCGGCAACAUGACAUCGACCGAGAUUCUAUACCCUGCAACAAACGAUCUGAAAGACUCCAUCAAGUCAAUCCUAGUGACAGGAGGGUAUCAAGACGAGAUUGAUGCCCUCACGCUUACUAUGCAGAAUUACAUUGGUUACGUCAACCUCACACGUGUGUCGACUUGCCGUGGGCGUCCGCAGGACUCAUGUUUCGGAGGCCGGACAGACUUUUCCACGGACAACCUUAAUCAGGUUUGGAGGCUUUGGCAAUAUCAAGUCUGCACUGAGUAA